AUGGCAGCAGUAGCAGCAGCCCAGAAGAACCGCGAGAUGUUCGCCAUCAAGAAGUCCUACAGCAUCGAGAACGGGUACCCGUCUCGCCGCCGCUCGCUGGUGGACGACGCUCGCUUCGAGACCCUGGUAGUCAAGCAGACCAAGCAAAGCGUUUUGGAGGAGGCCCGCGCCCGCGCCAAUGACUCUGGCUUGGAUUCCGAACUUAUCCAAGACGAUGUCCUGAUUGGCACCGGCGCUGUCACUCCAACUGUUGAGGUGGGCACUCAGCAGGACGACACUAAAGAUGGUCAACUCGCCGAUGCGGAGGUCGGUGGAAUAGACGGAAAUGCAGAUGAUGAUUACACCUUGACCGAGGAGGAGGUGAUCUUGCAGAACUCCGCCAGCGAGUCCCCGGAGGCCGAGCAGGCGCUGCAACAAGCGGCUUUGCUUCUGCGCCUGCGCGACGGCAUGGGCUCGCUCGCGCGCAUCCUCAAGACCAUCGACAACUACAAGGGCUGCGUUCAACACCUCGAGACCCGCCCCUCCAACGCCAACGACAUCCAGUUCGAUGCUCUCAUCAAAGUGAGCAUGUCCCGCGGCAACCUGCUCCAACUCAUCCGAUCUCUCCGCCAGUCCACCGCCUUCGCCGGCGUCGACCUCAUCUCCGACAACGUCUCCAGCAAGACCCCGUGGUUCCCGCGCCACGCUUCCGACCUCGACAACUGCAACCACCUCAUGACCAAGUACGAGCCCGAGCUCGACAUGAACCACCCCGGCUUCGCGGACAAGGAAUACCGCGCGCGCAGGAAGACCAUCGCCGAGAUCGCCUUCGGCUACAAGUACGGCGACCCGAUCCCGCACAUCGUGUACACGGAGACGGAGAACAACACGUGGUCGCGCGUGUUCAACACGGUGCUGGACCUGAUGCCCAAGCACGCGUGCCGGGAGUACAAGGCGGCGUUCAGCAAGCUGCAGGGGGACGACAUCUUCGUGCCUCACCGCAUCCCGCAGCUGGAGGAAGUGAGCAACUUCCUGCGCAAGCACACGGGCUUCACGCUGCGCCCGGCCGCCGGCCUGCUCACGGCGCGCGACUUCCUCGCCUCGCUCGCCUUCCGCGUGUUCCAGUCCACGCAGUACGUGCGCCACAACAACUCGCCCUUCCACACCCCCGAGCCUGACUGCAUCCACGAACUCCUCGGCCACAUCCCUCUGUUGGCCGACGCCAGCUUCGCCCAGUUCUCUCAGGAGAUCGGUCUCGCUUCCCUGGGAGCUUCUGACGCUGAAAUCGAAAAACUGUCUACCGUGUACUGGUUCACGGUGGAGUUUGGUCUCUGCAAGGAGAACCAGCAACUGAAGGCUUACGGUGCCGCUCUCCUGUCUUCCAUCGGGGAGCUUCUGCACGCUUUGAGCGACAAGCCCGAGCUGAGGUCCUUCGAGCCCGCGUCCACCUCCGUGCAGCCCUACCAGGACCAGGAGUACCAGCCCAUCUACUACGUCGCUGAGAGCUUCGAAGAUGCCAAAGACAAAUUCAGACGCUGGGUGUCGACCAUGUCUCGGCCGUUCGAGGUGCGCUUCAACCCGCACACGGAGCGAGUGGAGGUCCUGGACUCCGUGGAGCAGCUCGAGACCCUCAUCUCUCAGCUCAACACCGAGAUGCUCCACCUCACCAACGCCGUCAAGAAGCUCAAGGGCUCCCACUUCGAGUGA